GCCGCCGCUCCAGUGCCCGCGCCGAGGCUGCGCCGCGAACUGCCCGCGCCGCGCCCCCAGCCCCACCGAGCCAUGGCCCGCGCCACUCGUCCACGACCCAUAACCCCGGAGCGCGGGGCAGCCGGCCGCUGAGAGCGCGGUCUCGAGACCCGCGGCGCGGCCCCGGAGCGGCGGCCCGGCCCCUCCCCUGCGCGGCUCCCCGCGCCCCUUGCGCGCCCUGCUGCCGCGCGCCCGGCCCCAGCAUGGAGACGGCAGAGAAGGAGUGCGGCGCCCUGGGCGGGCUCUUCCAGGCCAUCGUCAACGACAUGAAGCCUGUAUCUGCGUGGACGCAGCCCCACCCCCCACCACCACCACCAACAGCAACCCCAGCAAGCUCCAGUACCCCAGUUCUCGGGCGGGUGGGGUCAUCCCUGCAAUCCAAUGAUAGGACGGACUGAAUCCACCUUUGGAGGAGGCUCACACGAACUAACCAAGAACCACCCAGAUUCCUACUAGACCCUGGGGUCUGCGGAACCCACAUACAACUGCACCCCACCGAGGGUUCCAGAGCUCCUACCCCAUCUGGGAGGACUUCAACUCCAAGGCUGCAAAGCUCCACUCUCAGCUGAGGACCACCGUGCUGGCUGCUGUGGCCUUCCUCGAUGCCUUCCAGAAAGUAGCUGACAUGGCCACCAACACCCGAGGGGCCACGCGGGACAUUGGCUCAGCGCUCACGCGCAUGUGCAUGCGCCACCGCAGCAUCGAGACCAAGCUGCGGCAGUUCACCAAUGCGCUGCUGGAGAGCCUUAUCAAUCCACUGCAGGAGCGCAUCGAAGACUGGAAGAAGUCAGCCAACCAACUGGACAAGGACCAUGCUAAAGAGUACAAGCGAGCCAGGCAUGAAAUCAAAAAGAAGUCAUCCGACACGCUGAAGCUGCAGAAGAAGGCACGCAAAGAGCUGCUUGGAAAAGGAGACCUGCAGCCUCAGCUGGACAGUGCGCUGCAAGACGUCAAUGACAUGUACCUGCUACUGGAAGAGACGGAGAAGCAGGCAGUCCGCCGGGCACUGAUCGAGGAGCGCGGGCGCUUCUGCACCUUCACCGCGUUUCUUCAGCCUGUGGUGAACGGCGAGCUGACCAUGCUGGGAGAGAUCACCCACCUCCAGGGCAUCAUUGACGACCUGGUGGUGCUGACUGCAGAACCGCACAAGCUGCCUCCCGCCAGUGAGCAGGUGAUCAAAGACCUGAAGGGCUCCGACUAUAGCUGGUCGUACCAGACACCACCCUCAUCACCCAGCAGCUCCAGCUCCCGGAAGUCCAGCAUGUGCAGCGCCCCCAGCAGCAGUAGCAGUGCCAAGGGUGGCGGAGCCCCAUGGCCUGGGGGUGCCCAAACAUACUCACCCAGUUCCACCUGUCGCUACCGCAGCCUGGCACAGCCGGCCACCACCCGCCUCUCCAGUGUCUCUUCCCAUGACUCUGGCUUCGUCUCCCAGGACGCCGCCUACUCCAAGCCCCCUUCGCCCAUGCCUUCAGACAUCACCAGCCAGAAGUCCUCCAGCUCUGCGUCCUCCGAGGCCUCAGAAACCUGCCAGUCGGUUAGCGAGUGCAGCUCCCCCACCUCGGACUGGACCAAGACUGGUCCCCAUGAACAGCCCUCGGCCACCACCCUGCAGCGGAGGAAAGAUCGGGUGGAGCUCCUGCGAGACACUGAGCCGGGCCCCACUGGGGGAAGCGCUGUGGGCUCCAGUGGAGAGGAGGUACCCCGUCCCCGGAUGUCUCCUGCAACCAUAGCAGCCAAACAUGGUGAGGAGGUGUCCCCUGCAGCCAGUGAUCUGGCCAUGGUGCUGACCCGUGGACUGAGCCUGGAACACCAGAAGAGCAGCCGGGACUCGCUGCAGUACUCCAGUGGCUACAGCACGCAGACGACCACGCCUUCGUGCUCCGAGGACACCAUCCCCUCCCAAGGCUCAGACUACGACUGCUACUCUGUGAAUGGGGAUGCGGACAGCGAGGGCCCCCCUGAGUUCGACAAAUCAUCCACCAUCCCUCGAAACAGCAACAUUGCCCAGAACUACCGCCGCCUGAUCCAGACCAAGCGCCCGGCCUCCACUGCUGGGCUGCCCACUGCAGGGCUGCCCACGGCCAUGGGGCUACCUUCAGGUGCACCCCCUGGUGUGGCCACCAUCCGCCGCACACCCUCUACCAAGCCCACUGUGCGCCGCGCCCUGUCCAGCGCGGGCCCCAUCCCCAUCCGCCCACCCAUCGUCCCUGUGAAGACACCCACAGUGCCCGACUCCCCUGGUUAUGUGGGGCCCACGCGGGCGGGCAGCGAGGAGUGUGUCUUCUAUACCGACGAGGCGGCCUCGCCUCUGGCUGCAGACCUGGCCAAAGCCUCCCCGAAGAGGCUCAGCCUGCCCAACACAGCCUGGGGCAGCCCAUCCCCUGAGGCAGCUAGCCACAGCGGGGCUGGGGUGGGGCUGGCCGCUGAGGACGAUGAAGAGCAGCAGCUGGCUGCCAACAGGCACAGCCUGGUGGAGAAGCUCGGGGAGCUGGUGGCCGGUGCCCACGCCCUGGGUGAGGGCCAGUUCCCUUUCCCUACUGCUCUGUCGGCCACCCCUUCAGAGGAGACACCCACCCCACCCCCUGCUGCCACCAGUGACCCCCCAGCCGAAGACAUGCUGGUGGCCAUUCGGCGAGGGGUCCGGCUCCGCAGGACCGUCACCAACGACAGGUCGGCGCCCCGCAUCUUAUGAUGGUGCCGCCCUCCCCUCCCUAUCUGGGCUGGCACACGUAGGUGGCCUGAUCUGCGAGCAGCGGCCAGCCACUGAGCAGUGGCUCAGCCAGAAGACAGAACAGCGUCAGGAAUGAGGCACAGCCACUUUACAGAAAGACAGCCAGGCUGAUCUCAGCAUCUCAUGGGAAGUGACUUCCUUCGCGCACCUCGCCAGGACAGAGCCUGUUUUAUACUUCCCUCACCCACUCCUCCCUGUAGGCCCUGCUGUGCCCCAACCCCAGAGCCCAUAACCAAGGGCUGGGCCUGCCACACGGCCCCACCUGGCCUGGGGUCCACGAUUUCCUUCCUCUGUUCCUGCUGCCCCCAGGGCCGUGUGCCCGGCUCUUCCCUUGAAUGCCGGCUUCCCCUUCUCCCUGUCUGGGCCCCAUGCCCUUUCCUCUGCCUUUACCCUGCCUCUCCAGGCUCUACUCUUUUGGGGACAGGGUGGUCAUGGAGGGGCCAGGCACCCAAUCAGCUGAGUACCAAUUUGUGACUGGGGUUAGGGAACCGUCAAGUCUUGGGAAGCCAGGCCCACUUGAGGGGAAGGAGAGCCUAGAGGGAGGAAAUGUAGGGGCCUUGUCUCAGGGGACCUUCCAGCACCCUUCCCUGGGAGGAGUAGCUAGUGGAGGCGAGGCAGGGCAGCCGGAGGGUGAGGCCAGAAGCCCACAGCAGGUGUUUCACACAUCCUGCUCUCCUCUGGACACUUUGAGGCUUUAACUUGGGGACACCUUGGGGUUACAGUCUCGCCCGUUGCUGGGGAUAAGGGCUGGAGCAUUAGAGGGUAUGGGGGGGAUAUUUUAUGACUGUAAUAAAAUGGAGCUGGCCCCAGACAGGAACUACGUGUGGGGCUAGCUGGUGGUACAGGGUGUGUGUCUGAGUGCCUGAGAGACAGAUGUGGGGGCCCCACAGUGGGCUCGUGGCAGGAGAAGGGUGGAGUCAGCUUUCACUAAACCAGGGGGAGCUACUCUUCUCGCCACCGUCUCGAGUGUUGGUAGAAUAAGGCUUGAGAGGGUAGGCCAGGGGCCUGGGCAGUCUGUGUGGUCUGAGUGAGCUGCAGGCCCAGCUCAGAGAAAGUCUUAGCAGGCCAGUUCUGACUUUCUGUUGCCAGAGGCAAUGCCAUCAUUGCUUGCAGGCCUGGCUGGGUCUGGCAGCAGGGGCCUGAGAAGCGGGGACUGCCUCCACUGUGCAACCCCAAGUCUGAGCAAGUCAAAGCACGUUAUGUGUAGGGCGAGAGGAGAGAUUCAGGAGGUGCGGGUAGAGCAGGCAGCAAACUCCCUCGCCCCACAGGGAGUCCAGAGAGCAUGCCUUGUUCUGGACGGAGUGGAGUCGGGGCCGAUCUGGGCCCAAGGUUAAGGGAGCUCCAAUGCCCAUGAGAUUUCUAGAGAAUGAGUUCCCGGUCUGAGACCUGGUCCGCUAACGUCAGUUGUAACCAGACCCCCAAGUAUAGGGCCGGGAAAGCAGGUGGCCAGUUGUGGAACCCUGGGGUAACAUACUGGCUGCACCUUCCCCAGCAGGGCUCUCAGGGCCGAUGGAAAGGGAUGCGGGAUGUGGGCCCUACACUCGGGGUGUGGCUGGGUCCUGGAGGAGGGGGUGUUCCUGAGAGCAUGGGCUCCGAGCCCUGAAGAGAAGGAGGUCAGGGCCUCCCCAGGGAGAGGAUGGGGUGGCAUCCCCACUCCCACUCAGCCUCCCUCCAUCCCUCCCCCGCUCACCUUCUCUGUAGUGUCCACCCCUCAUGUAGGCCCACCCUCGGGAUCCGAGCCAACCACCCUGCACCACAGACUUUGCUUUGGGGCUUCUUCACAUACAUUUUAUUUUUCGUUUUGUACAGCAAAAUAUUCUUUUCAAAUGUGUCUUUUGACUGACGUAACUUUUCUGGUGCUGUUAACGUGUUCCUUUUUUUUUUAAUUUAUUUUGCACCCUUCUGGUUCCUCCUCAUCCUCCACCUCCCAUCCUCCAUCCCACCAGAACCACUUUUUUUUUCUUUUCUUUCUGUCAAGUUUUGGAUAAAUUCUCCUACCCUCCCCUUUUCCAUCCUCUCCUUGAUUUAAAUAGUCACUGCUACAAGUAACAAAUGCACUGUGAAGAUUCCAGUAUUAAUAAAGUGGUACUGUAGUUAA